UUUUUACCAUAAUGACAUAUAGUUACUCUUACCAGGAAGGUUUUGGCAAUCACUUUACCUCUGAAGCUUUACCAGGCGCUCUUCCAAAGGGACAGAACACACCUCAAAAGUGCCCUUAUAAUCUUUACGCCGAGCAGCUGUCGGGAACAGCCUUCACAGUACCACGUACACAUAAUCAAAGGAGCUGGCUCUAUCGUAUUCGUCCCUCUGUCGUCCACGCUCCGUUCAAACCAUAUGCCUUGCCCGACAACCUUUUAGUGUCUAAAUUUGGGGAUAACUGUGUGGUGACACCGACUCAGUUGCGAUGGAGCCCAUUUGACCUGCCUUCAGAAGACGAACAGGUUCACUUUGUGCAGGGUCUCAAGACAUUAGCUGGUGCUGGAGAUCCCGCUUGUCGUACAGGUCUUGCGGUCCACAUCUACACCGCCAAUAAGAGCAUGGACCGUUCGGCUUUUUACAAUUCAGAUGGCGACAUGAUGAUCGUUCCCCAGCACGGUGCAUUGGACAUCAUCACCGAGUUCGGUAAGAUUUAUGUCAAGCCCAACGAAAUCUGCGUGAUACAACGUGGUGUGCGGUACUCGGUGAAUUUGCCUGAAGGACCAGUCCGUGGUUACGUUCUUGAAGUCUUUGGAGCCCACUUUGAGUUGCCCGAUCUUGGUCCUAUUGGCGCUAAUGGACUUGCGAACCCACGCGAUUUCCAGACCCCCGUGGCGGCUUACAAUGAGGAGGACAACGUGGAAUGGAGCAUUCUUACUAAAUUUAACGGGCAAUUGUUUGAGGCGAAACAAAACCAUACACCAUUCGACGUCGUAGCCUGGCAUGGCAACUAUGCCCCGUAUAAAUACGAUUUAUCCAAGUUCUGUGUCAUUAACUCGGUGUCGUUUGAUCAUAUCGAUCCCUCUAUCUUUACCGUGUUGACCGCAAAAUCCGAUACGCCAGGCGUGGCGAUUGCCGACUUUGUCAUCUUUCCUCCUCGAUGGGGCGUUGCGGAAAACACGUUCCGUCCUCCCUAUUUCCAUCGAAACUGCAUGUCAGAGUUUAUGGGAUUAAUUUUGGGCGACUACGAGGGAAAGACGGGCGGUUUCUUACCCGGAGGAGGUUCUCUUCACAGUGCCAUGACUCCGCAUGGACCUGAUGCCAAUGUAUUCCAAAAGGCUUCCGAGGAAGAACUCAAACCUGUGCGUGUAGCAGAGAACACGCAAGCUUUCAUGUUCGAAACCAGUUUGAUGCUCUCUCUUACUCGCUGGGGUCUUAAAACCUGCGGCAAGGUCCAGGAAGAUUAUUGGAAAGCAUGGGCCGAUUUAGGCAGCAGCUUCAAUCCUUCGCAACCAUAAAACACAUGUAUAUCUUGACUAAAAACAAAUAAAGAAAAAGGGCCCUCUCGCUUCUUAUGCCAUGAAUAGUUGGCAUUUUUAAAAAACUUUGUGG